AUGUCGUCGCUGCCAACGGCCGCCAGUGGCUCGACCGUCGAUCCAGGCAUCGUGCGCUUCCAGGCGGUUUUUCGAGGCAGCAGAUCGCGAAAGCUCCACGUUGAGCGUGUCAAGAAGAACCUAGCAUGGGCGCCGUACGUACCAUGCAGCCACGAUGCCGUGGAGGCGAUGCUGCGCCUGGCAAAUGUAAAUGAAGCGGAUGUUGUGCUAGACAUCGGGUGUGGCGACGGACGCAUCGUGUUUGCGGCCGUCGAGGCACCGUUUUUCGCUCGCCAUGCCAUCGGAGUUGACAUCGAUUCCGCACUUAUUGCGCAAUGUCGUCGCCGUCAAGCGCAUCGACCCGAUGCCACGAUGAACGUUUCGUUUAUCUUGGACGAUUGGGUGCACGUUGACACGUCGGCCGUGACUGUAGUGACCCUCUUCUUCCUCCCCCACCCCAGCAUCGCCCGCGACCUCGCGCUCAAAUGCACACCCGGCACGCGCAUCGUCACGUACGUGUUUGAGAUCCCGGAGUGGACCCCAGUCAGCACGAGUUCGACGGUGCCGUUUCUAAAGGAGCACGGCGAGUCGCCGCUGUAUCUAUACCAGUUGUAG